CUGCCAUUAAAACUGAAAUUGUGUCUUUUUUCCUUUCUUAUUUCAUUUUAUUUCACGUUUUAAAGUCGUAAUUAUCUAAAAGAAGAAAAUUUUCACCAUGAGUGAGGGACAAAAUCAAGAUGAUUUGGCGACCGCUAUUUUGAGGAGGAAGGCGAAGCCUAAUCGACUUCUUGUUGAGGAAGCCAUCAGUGACGAUAACUCUGUAGUUUCUGUGUCUCAGGCCAAGAUGGAUGAAUUGCAACUAUUUCGAGGGGAUUCAGUACUUUUGAAGGGGAAACGUCGAAGGGAGGCCGUGUGUAUUGUUCUGUCGGAGGAAGGUCUCUCGGACGAGAAGAUCAGGAUUAAUAGGAUUGUUAGGAACAACCUGAGAGUUCGACUCGGUGAUAUCGUUAGCAUCCAGUCUUGCACAGAUGUGAAGUAUGGAAAGCGAGUACACAUUCUCCCCAUUGAUGAUACCGUCGAAGGGCUGACUGGAAACCUGUUCGAAGUUUACCUGAAACCAUAUUUCUUGGAGGCAUACAGACCAGUGCACAAAGGAGAUAUCUUCUUAGUGAGAGGGGGCAUGAGGGCCGUGGAGUUCAAGGUUGUUGAAACUGAUCCCUCCCCUUACUGCAUAGUGGCCCCGGAUACUGUGAUACAUUGUGAGGGUGAACCUGUCAAAAGGGAGGAGGAGGAAGAAGCUCUGAAUGAAAUCGGGUAUGAUGACAUUGGGGGAUGUCGCAAGCAGCUCGCUCAGAUCAAAGAGAUGGUCGAACUGCCUCUCAGGCAUCCACAGCUCUUCAAGGCUAUUGGAGUUAAGCCUCCUAGGGGAAUCCUGUUGUACGGACCUCCAGGGACGGGCAAGACCCUGAUAGCUCGGGCUGUGGCCAACGAGACAGGAGCAUUCUUUUUCCUGAUCAACGGGCCAGAGAUCAUGAGCAAGUUGGCUGGAGAGUCAGAGUCAAAUUUGAGGAAGGCAUUUGAAGAGGCCGAGAAGAAUGCACCUGCCAUCAUCUUCAUUGAUGAGUUGGAUGCCAUUGCUCCCAAGAGAGAGAAGACACAUGGUGAGGUAGAACGUCGCAUAGUAUCCCAGUUACUGACCUUGAUGGAUGGAUUGAAACAGAGAGCUCAUGUUAUCGUCAUGGCAGCCACCAACAGGCCUAACAGCAUUGAUGCAGCUCUCAGAAGAUUUGGUCGCUUUGAUAGAGAGGUGGACAUAGGCAUCCCGGACACAACUGGCAGACUGGAAAUUCUUCGCAUACACACCAAGAACAUGAAGUUAGCAAAGGAUGUCGACCUGGAAAGGGUGGCAGCAGAGACCCAUGGACAUGUUGGAGCCGAUUUGGCAGCCUUGUGCUCAGAGGCAGCCCUUCAACAGAUCAGAGAGAAGAUGGAUCUCAUUGAUUUGGAAGAUGAUGCCAUUGAUGCCGAGGUUCUCAAUGCACUGGCUGUUUCGCAAGAAGAUUUCAGAUGGGCACUGAGCAAGAGCAAUCCAAGUGCACUGCGUGAGACAGCAGUAGAAGUUCCAAACGUGACGUGGGAGGAUGUUGGUGGCUUGGAGAAUGUGAAGAGGGAGUUGCAGGAACUCGUCCAGUACCCAGUUGAGCAUCCGGAUAAAUUCCUAAAAUUCGGUAUGACCCCGUCAAAAGGAGUCCUCUUCUAUGGACCUCCCGGAUGUGGAAAGACCCUGUUGGCCAAGGCCAUUGCCAAUGAAUGCCAGGCUAACUUUAUAUCCAUCAAAGGCCCUGAGCUGUUGACCAUGUGGUUUGGUGAGUCUGAGGCAAAUGUGCGGGAUAUCUUUGACAAGGCUCGAUCAGCCGCCCCCUGUGUCCUCUUCUUUGAUGAGUUGGAUUCGAUUGCUAAGGCUCGUGGAGGGAACGUGGGCGAUGGUGGCGGUGCUGCUGACAGGGUCAUCAAUCAACUUCUCACUGAGAUGGAUGGAAUGAGUUCCAAGAAAAAUGUCUUCAUCAUUGGAGCUACAAACAGGCCGGAUAUAAUUGAUUCAGCCAUCCUUCGUCCAGGAAGAUUGGACCAGCUCAUCUACAUCCCACUCCCUGAUGAGAAGUCGAGGGUGGCCAUCUUGAAGGCGGGGCUUAGAAAAUCUCCAGUCGCUCAGGAUGUUGACAUAGACUACCUGGCCAAGGUAACACACGGUUUCAGUGGGGCUGACUUGACAGAAAUCUGUCAGAGAGCAUGCAAGCUGGCAAUCAGGGAGGCCAUCGAAAGUGAUCUAAGGAGGGAGAGAGAUCAGGAAAAUAAGCCCGGUCCGGCUGAUAUGGACGACGACUACGAUCCAGUGCCAGAAAUCCGACGAGACCACUUCGAAGAGGCCAUGAAGUUCGCCCGUCGGUCCGUCACAGACAACGACAUCAGGAAGUAUGAAAUGUUCUCUCAAACGUUACAGCAGUCCAGAGGAAUGGGAUCCAACUUCGAUUCCCAGGGCAAGGUGGAGGUGGUAGGCAGCAAGGUCAAGGAAAUAACUUGGGUGGUCCAGGUCAGCCGUCUCAAGGUCAAGGACAACAAGGUGGCCAGUACCAAGACGAUGCUGAUGACGAUCUAUAUAGCUAAGAUGCUGACGAUGAAGUUAAUAGUGGUGAUGAUGAUGAGGAUGAGAAAGAAGAUGAUGAUGAUGUUGUUAGGAUGAUCGGUUAAAAGUGACGACACAUUUUAAUUUAUUGAAAAUUUAAAAUGGCUGUGCUGAAGAUGCAGUUGAUUUUAUAUAAGCAGUGAAAAAAUUUGAGAGAAUGAAGAAAUGAAUGAGCGAAUGAAUGAACAACAAACUUAUUAAAUUGAAACUUUGGUAUAUAUGUAUAUAUAAAUAAAUAUAUAUAGAUGUGCGUGUGUGUGUGUGUGUGUGAGUGAGAUUAGUUGAUCCGUCAUCAAAUGCGUCUUUAUAAAUAUAUAUAUAUAUUUAUAUGUAUGUGUAAUUGUCUAUUCAUUUGGCCGUUAUGUGGAAAUAAUUUUUUAUAAAUCGC